CCUCAGCGGAUGUCUCCCCUGCGUCCGUGCAAGGGAAUCAAGGCCGCCGUGGCUGCUAGCGUGGGGUUGAGCGAGGGGCCCGUGGGCUCCUCCAGGAGCAGCCGUCUCCUCCGCCCACCGAGCCCCGCCCCGGCGGUGCCGGGGGCCCGGCUCUUGCGGCUGCCGGGGAGCGGAGUCUUGCGGGCAGCGAGCUCUGAGCGCGCCGGUUGGACAGAAGCGCUGCGGGCCGCCGUGGCCGAGCUGCGCGCCGGCGCCGUGGUAGCUGUCCCCACCGAUACGUUGUAUGGCCUGGCCUGCUCAGCGAGCUGCUCGGCCGCACUGGGCUCUGUCUAUCGCCUCAAAGGCCGCAACGAGGCCAAGCCGCUGGCUGUAUGCCUGGGCCGCGUGGCCGACGUCUACAGGUACUGCCAUGUGAAGGUUCCCAAGGGGCUUCUGAAAGAUCUGCUGCCAGGACCAGUUACCCUGGUAAUGGAACGUUCGGAGGAGCUCAACAAGGACCUGAACCCCUUCACUUCUCUUGUAGGCAUCCGGAUUCCUGAUCAUGCCUUCAUGCAGGACUUGGCCCAUGUGUUUGGGGGACCACUUGCUCUCACCAGCGCCAACCUCAGCUCCCAGGCCAGUUCUCUGAAUGUCAAGGAGUUCCAAGACCUCUGGCCUCAUUUGUCCCUGGUCAUUGAUGGGGGGCCACUUGGGGAUGGACAGAGCCCUGAGUAUCGCCUUGGUUCAACUGUGGUCGACUUGUCUGUGCCUGGAAAGUUUGGCAUCAUUCGUCCAGGCUGUGCCCUGGAAAGUACUACAGCCAUCCUCCAACAGAAGUAUGGGCUACUCCCCUCAGAUGGAUCCUGCUUGUGAAACUUGGGAGGAAAGGGGUGCCCAAGGAGUGGUGCUGGACACUAUGUGUCUGUCUGCUGGUGGUUGGCAAGGCUUCAUUUGCAGAGGCCAUUGGGGCUACAUCACCCCAAAACCUGACCCCUUUGGGCAGUAUGUCUUUCUGAACAUUGUAGACCAUGCCCCAGAAGCUGCUGGUUUAGUUCAACAGGUGUGUGUGGGGGGGUAUUUAUUACCUGUAAUUUCAUGUUUCAUUCAAAAGCUGAAUUGAGAGGUUAAGAACAUUCCAAAGAAGGCCUUGUUCUAAUGAAUUUCUUCUUUGUUUCAACUGAAAAGUGAUUUAAAUAACAGAUUUGGAGUGUAGGGAGAGCCUCCUUCCUGGUGGGUGGUGUCAUUUAAGGUCCAAAUGAGCUAGAGCUACCACUGUUGUUUCAAAGCCUCACAUACCAAAGGCAUGUGUUUGGACUACUAAAACUGGAACCAGGUUAUGAUAAAGAUUGUAGGGCCACAGCCCAAACAGUUUCCUCUGAAAUAGUGGGGCUGGAGGUACACUGUAAUUGCCUGGUGGGGAACAUUGUCAUUUUGUCAAUGGUAGGAGAUCUGUUCAGUUGGC